CAAGCUCUCAAAAAUUGAAGUAUAUUAAUAAAUAACUUAAUUGCAGGAUGGGGGCUGUACCAUUAUUUUGUCAUUGGAUUAUGUGGUAUGUGUAAAUUCGCAGACGCUUGUGUACUUCCGAUUAUUCUAAUCGCAGUUCCACUUUUGACGUGCGAUUUAAACUUAACUACUAAUCAAGCAACCGCUGCAUAUAUUACAUUAACGUUUGGUAGAUACAAAAUGUAUAUACGUUGUCUUAUUUCAAUGCCAAGAUAUUUAAUGCUAUUAAAUAUGUCUAGGAUAUUCAUAUAACACUAGCUAACAUUUAUUUCAUAAAUGAUUAAAGUUUAGAAGACUUUGUACUGUUUUAUAGUCAAUGUGAUAGCGCAUUUGAAAUUUUUAUUGUAAUAUUUUUCGGAAAAAUGAUUUAACAUUCUAAAUGGAACUGUUAAUUUUUCUUCACUCAAACUGAUUCUUUAGAACAUUUUGCAUAAAAAAGUAUAAGAGUAUAAUGUUAAACAAAUUCACAAUUACAUGUUGAUUUUUUUUUCAUUGUACUUUAAUACAUUUUUAUACAAAAUGUUUUAAAGAAUUGAUCUGUAUAAAACAUACAAUUCUAUUUAAAAAAUUGGAGAUCACCUUUCUGCAAGAAGUAUUGCAAAUAUAAAACACUUCCUGCUUUUUUAUUUUUUUCAACCAUAUAAAAUUUAUGAGAAAUGUUGGCUAGCAUGAACUUAAACAUCCUGCACAUGCACAUAACAUUCUUUAUUCUUUAAUACCCUAAUAAUUUAUUAAAAUUUUCUAUCACUGUAUUUCAAAUUCAUUAAUUUAGCAUACUUUAAAUAAAAUAGUACAUGAAAGUGAGAUUUGUAUAUAACUGAUACUGACUUUUGUUUAAAAAAUUUGCUUUAUGUUUUUAACAAUGAUUCAAGAUGCACAUUAUAGAAAUAUUACUUCGUCGAAAUAAAAUUUGUUACAUAGGUAUGGCUAUAGGAGCGUUUUUGUUCGGAUCAAUAAUUGAUGAGUAUGGACGAAAAAGAUCAAUUCAUAUAACCAUGCUUACUGUAUUCUGUUCUAUGACUACCUUGUCUUUUGCGCAAACUACUAUUUUAAUAAACUUGUCGCUGUUCGUGUUGGGAAUGGGAUUAGCCGGUAACAAUGUGGUUUUAAAAGUCUUUUUAAUUGAACUUUUGCCUAUGAAACAACGAGGUUCCAGCUUAGCUGUUCUGGACAUAUUUGGAGUCCUCGGUUACAUAUCGGCUUUGGGUAAACGUUAUAAACAGAAAUCCAAUAUAAGUUUGAAACAAUUUCAACUAAUUUAUAAUAAUUGCGUGAAUUUUUAUAAACGAAUGUUUCUUGUGAUUAAACGAAUGUUUAAUCACAAUUUAAAUUAACCAGUUAACUGUGGCGAUCUUUUUGCAAAGCACGCACUAGUGUGUGUCGCGAUAAUC